UGUGGCUGCGGUGCUGGGUGUCGGGGGAAGCAGCGAGCGCGGCGCUCGGGUCAAGGUUGAAGAGAGGAGCGUGUGAAGCUUCCUGGCCGGGUUGUCCUUAUUCUUCAUGACUCCACAUUCUCAACCCUCCCUUUGUUUGAUCCAGAAAUGAAAAUUAAGCGGCAAAAAACCGCAAAGAAACUUCUCGCCUUUUACAAAUAUAACUACGGCUUCCGCGAACCUUUCCAAAUCCUUCUGGACGGGACGUUCUGUCAGGCCGCGCUCAAAAAUAAAAUCCAGAUCAAGGAGCAGAUGCCCAAGUAUCUCAUGGGAGAAGUCCAGCUGUGUACAACAUCCUGCGUCCUGAAAGAGCUACAGUCACUUGGAAAAGAAUUGUACGGUGCAAAAUUGAUUGCUCAACGAUUUCAAGUUAGAAAUUGUUCACAUCUGAAAAACCCUGUAGGUGCCUCAACGUGCUUGUUGUCGAUGGUUGAAAACAAUAAUGCUCAUCAUUACUUUGUGGCCACACAGGAUCAAGAGUUAACAGUGAAAAUUAAGAAAUUGUCAGGAGUCCCUCUGAUGUACAUUAUACAAAAUACUAUGGUCCUGGAGAAAGCUUCGCCCAAAUCAAUUGCACAACAACAGUCUUUGUAUGGUAAUCAGUUUGUCCCUUUACAUCAGCAACAAACUAUCCAGCACUUGAAAGAAGAGCGGGGCUUGGUGAAGGAAUCUGAACCUAGGUGUAAAAAACGCAAAAGAAAAGGGGGCCCAAAUCCUCUCAGUUGUCUAAAAAAGAAGGUACGACCACCACAAGAACCAAAUAAAGAGAAAAAACGAAGGAGAUCAAGAAAGAAGAGGAGAACGGCUGCAUCGUGUGUCAAAGUAGAAACUCCCAUGUAGAAGUAUAACCAGAGAUUUUGUAAGAACAUGGACCAAAGUGCAUAGCUGUGUAAUUUUUGCAUAACUCUUGGUAAACAUGACUGUAUACUAUCUAAUGUUAGCAAGUGUUUUUUAAAUUUAGUUUAAAAUUAUCUGGAAAAAUAUAUUGCAGAAAAAGUCAUAA